AGCGCGUGAAUCUUUGUUUUGUUACUACCACCAUGUUUUUGACGCGUUCAGAGUAUGAUCGUGGUGUGAAUACGUUUUCACCUGAAGGACGACUGUUCCAGGUCGAGUAUGCUAUUGAGGCUAUCAAGCUCGGCUCUACAACGAUUGGAGUACGCACGCCAGAAGGAGUCGUCUUAGGCGUCGAACAACGAGUGCAGUCGCCGCUCCUCGAAGCCAGCUCGAUAGAAAAGAUCAUGGAAAUCGAUAGUCACCUAGGAUGCGCAAUGUCCGGACUCACCGCCGACGCGCGGACGAUGAUUGACCACGCCCGGGUGACGUCCCAGAACCAUGCUUUUACCUAUGACGAGAAGAUCAAGGUCGAGAGCGUCACGCAGGCUGUGUGUGAUUUGGCGCUGAGGUUUGGGGAGAGUGUGCAUGAUGAGGAGGCGAUGAUGAGUCGUCCAUUUGGCGUGGCGCUGCUUAUUGCGGGUAUGAUGCCAAGGCGAUUGGGUCUGGCUCGGAGGCGGCACAGAGUGAAGCUGCAGGAUAAAUGGCACAAGCAAAUGACGCUGCAAGAAGCGAGGACGCUGACGCUAAAAGUGUUGAAGCAGGUCAUGGAGGAAAAGCUCGAUCAUCACAAUGUCCAGCUUGCUCAGGUCACCCCUGCCAAUGGCUUUGAGAUUCUCGACGAAGCAGCGUUGAAGAGUGCGAUUCAAUUAAUGUAA